CAUGAAAUCGUGCGAGAGAAGAGAGCUGUCAUGAAGUACAGUUGGGGGAUUUAAAGGGACUGGACUGCGUGCCCACGAUCACACUUCACUGAGGUAGAUCCUCUGGGAGGCUGGAGGGAGAGGUCAGGAUGGCAGGUGUUGGGGAAAGUGCCCUGGCUAACCCUGCCUGUAAGAUCAUGACCUUCAGACCUACCAUGGAGGAGUUUAAGGACUUCAACCAAUACCUGGUGUAUAUGGAGUCUCAGGGAGCACAUCGUGCUGGCCUGGCCAAGGUAAUUCCACCCAAGGGCUGGAAGCCACGUCGCAAUUACGAUGAUAUUGACGAUUUUGUCAUCCAAGCACCUAUUCAGCAAAUGGUAGCUGGCCAAUCAGGACUCUUCACUCAGUACAACAUCCAGAAGAAACCACUCACUGUGCAAGAAUUCCGUAGACUGGCCAACAGUGACAUGUACUGCACACCUCGCUACCUGAACUAUGAUGACCUGGAGAGGAAGUACUGGAAGAAUCUCACAUUUGUCUCGCCCAUCUAUGGUGCUGAUGUGAGCGGCACGCUUUAUGACGAGGACAUUGAAGAAUGGAACAUCGGGCACUUGAACUCAAUCUUGGACGUAAUUGAGGAGGACUGUGGUGUGUCCAUUCAGGGAGUAAACACACCUUAUCUGUACUUUGGCAUGUGGAAGACCAGCUUCUCCUGGCACACGGAGGACAUGGACCUCUACAGCAUUAACUACCUGCACUUUGGCGAGCCCAAAUCCUGGUAUGCCAUUCCUCCAGAACACGGGAAGAGAUUGGAGCGUCUCGCUACAGGUUUCUUUCCUAACAGUUUUAAAAGCUGUGAGGCGUUCCUGAGACACAAGAUGACACUAAUAUCCCCCUCUGUACUAAAGAAAUACAGCAUACCAUUUGAUAAGAUAACACAGGAAGCAGGGGAGUUUAUGAUCACAUUUCCCUAUGGUUACCACGCUGGCUUCAACCACGGCUUCAACUGUGCUGAAUCCACCAAUUUUGCCAGUCUCCGGUGGAUUAAUUAUGGAAAAGUUGCUACGCAGUGUACAUGCAGCAAGGACAUGGUGAAGAUCUCCAUGGAUCCGUUUGUCAGACGAUUCCAGCCGGAUCGCUAUCAGUCUUGGACACAAGGCAAAGACUCAUGCUCAUUGGAUCACACCCUGGCAACCCCCAGCACCACACCAGAGCUGCAGAGCUGGCUUCAGAGACGUCGCAGGAAAGCACCCUCCACUACAAGUCUCCAUUAUCCACGCACAUGCUCCAAACGAUUGAAGACUAUGGAUACUUCACCAGUGAAGGGAGCAAGUCGGAGGAGUAGAGGGGAAUCAAAAAGACAAGGAAGAGGAAGACCCAGGCUCACUGGUCCAUGUCGACAAAUGUGUGUUGUUAAAGUAACAAGAGUGGAGAGUGACUUGCUGGCCCACUCUACCGUACAAGUCAAAGAUGCUUUACUGAACGACUCUCGACUUCUCCACUCACCUCCACAUCCAGUCAGAGUAGCCCUGAUCCAGGUCACGCAAGCUCCCAGGCGUCUGUAA